CAAUGACAAGUUGACAGCAAAACACUAAAACAGAGAUUCAUAUAGGUUAUUUUCAUCUUUUCGUAAUUGUUAUUUUCUGAAUUGACACAGUAUAUGUUAAAUAAGCAAAAUAAUAAUUCAUAGAACGAAAUGAUACCAGUUAUUUAGUAUUGACUUAUUUCUUAAAAGUUGUACCCCAUAAAUAUUUUCAUUAUAACCUCAAAGCCUUUCAUACUUACACAAUAAAUGAUAAGUUUUGUAUUAUUACUCAAUCAAUAUGUACAAAUUUAUUUCUAGGAGGUUACCACUGAGAUAUAUCAAUAAUGAAUUUCACAAGCAAAUUCGUGAAAGAAACUUGAUCAAUAAUCAAUCAUUAAGACAACUAUCGUCAUCUAUUGUAUGCUGUAAAAAACGAAGACCUGAGGAAGAAAAGGCCCUGGAAUCAAAAGCAAUCAGACCGGCGAUCAGAUAUUCACCAAAAGGCUCCGAAGUUGUAGGAAUAUGGAGGAAUAUGACAGUACAAGAUAUAGCUAAUGUGCUCAAGAAAGAUGUUGACCAUGUUUUCAAAGCAUUAGAAUUUGCCGAUAAAACAUCAGACACGAAAUACAAUAAAAACACAGUAAUACUCAAUCCGCAAAUAAUAAGGGAUGUUGUCAAAAUAUCCGGAUUCAGAUUCAAGAUUGUGCCAAAUCCAGAUCAGGAGAUGGAGAAAGAGGAGAACAAAGACGCAGUCCCAGCGCCCCCCGCGCCGCCCGAGGCGCUGCGCCCGCGCCCGCCUGUGGUGUGCGUGAUGGGGCACGUGGACCACGGAAAAACUACCCUUCUGGAUUCAUUGAGGGACACGUCUGUGGUCGAACAAGAGUUUGGCGGGAUCACCCAGCAUAUCGGUGCAUUUGAAGUGAAACUGCCUUCGGGAGAAACGGUGACAUUCCUGGACACGCCGGGGCACGCCGCGUUCUCGGCGAUGCGGUCGCGCGGCGCGCUGGCCACCGACGCGGUGGUGCUGGUGGUGGCCGCGGACGACGGCGUCAUGGAGCAGACGGUGGAGAGCAUACGGAUGGCGAGGGAGGCUAAUGUUCCAAUACUGGUGGCGAUCAACAAAAUUGACAAGCCAGGUGUGAACAUUGAGCGUACAAUGCGUUCGUUAGCUCAACACGGCGUUAUAUGUGAAGAUAUUGGCGGCGAUGUUCAAGCAAUUCCCGUUUCCGCUUUGAAAAAGAAGAAUCUUGAUACAUUAGUCGAAGCGUUGACGUUACAAGCACAACUGAUGGAUUUGAAGGCGGACCCGGGGGGGUAUGUGGAGGGGGUAGUAAUUGAAGCGCAGUUGGAUCCUCAGAAAGGGAAACAAGCAACGGUUCUGGUGCAAAGGGGCACAUUACGGCGCGGAUGCGUUUUAGUGGCUGGCACCGGGUGGGCUAAGGUUCGUGUUUUGCAUUCAGCGGACGGUCAGCCGGUGCAGUCAGCGCCGCCGUCGUCGCCCGUGUUAGUGCUGGGCUGGCGGGAGCUGCCCUCCGCCGGAGACCAGGUCUUGGAAGUACAAUCAGAGAAACGAGCAAACGAGGUGAUGAAGUGGCGACAAAACCAACGCAUGCGCGAAAAACAGGAACAAGACAGAACAGCCAUUGAAGCUAAGGAGACCGCCCACCAAGAGCAGUACAAAGCUAUGUUAGCUAGAAAAAGGGCUUUAGGAAGGUUCAAGAUGAGGGCGGAUGGCCCUAGGCAGAAGAUGAUACAGCACGAUACACAUCCAACACUCAAUGUUAUUGUUAAAGGCGACGUGGACGGCUCGGUGGAAGCGAUCCUGGACAUCCUGGAGACGUACGACGAGCACGAGCGGGUGCGCCUGGAGCUGGUGCACUACGGCGUCGGCCCCGUCACGCCCAGCGACGUGGAGAUAGCCGAACCUUUUAACGCGGUGAUAUACGCUUUCAACGUGGACUGCCCGCCGCCGGUGGCCGUGGACGCGAAGAAGAAGAAUAUAGCUGUGAAGAAGACUAACAUUAUUUACAAACUGGUCGACGACGUUAAAGAAGAGAUCAGCAGGAGAAUACCAAAGAGGCAAGAGGAGGAGAUUGUUGGUGAAGCCAAUGUACUCCAACAGUUUAUGGUGACUGAGGGCAAGAAGAAAGUGCCCGUGGCAGGGUGUCGGUGUACUAAAGGGAACUUAUCAAGGAAUUCACUGUACAAAGUCAUCAGGAAUCAAGAAGUGGUUUUUGAAGGUAAACUGGCGUCAAUGAAACAUUUGAAAGACGAAGUGAACACGAUAAAACGCGACAUGGAAUGCGGACUGCGUUUCGAUGAUACAAGCUUCGAGGUGAGGCCGGGGGAUACCGUCGUGUGUUACAAGAUGGUGGACGUCGUCGACCGCACCGCGUGGGACCCUGGGUUCUAGUUAUAGUAUAAU